UUACCUGGCACAACUAAACAAGUAACCCACAAAGUGUUAGUCCCAUUAAACGCUUUUUAAUGCGCGCCAGAUAUCACAACAGGGUUAAACUUCGAGGAAAGUUACUUAUAUUUUUUUUAUUAUUUACAGGCCUGGAACUCAUUAAAAGAUCAUUUCAAGCCAAAUAUGGCAUGCGUAACAGAAUACUCUGCAGAACAGCUUAAUUACUACAGAAUCUGUUACAUUACCACUGAUGUUUUGGCAGAUGGUCUGCGAACAGUCUUUAAACAAGAAUGGGACAACCGCUAUAAUUCAACAAAGGGAGAAUGGAAAGAUGAGCCCAAAAAUGGAUUGGACUUUUAUAAUGGGGAAUCCCCACGUAACCAAAGAAGAAAUUCCCGGCUUUUAGCCACCAUGAUUAAUGGGAAUACAGCUGAAUGGGACUGUACAAUGCUUUUUUACGCCAUCCUCUUCUCCGACUGUAUCUACAGUCUGAGCACGACUGUCCACUCAAAUGUACAUGAUCUCAAAAAUUUUCGAAACGAACAGUUUGCGCACAUGCCACAAGGUCAACUCACAGACGUGGAAUUUCAGGGUGCCAUCAGCAAAGUGCAAACUGCUUUUCAAGCUCUUGGUCUUUCUACGUCGCAGAUUCAAGGUCUCAGAAAUCAGACAAGUUUUCGUACUGACGAAUUACGAAAUGUGCUCAGAAAAAUCGACGACCUUGAAAUGGAACUGAAAGAGAUAGAAGAACAGCGACGGGUCCUGGAAGAUCAGUUACAGAGAGACAUUUCUUCUUUUUGUUUUCUCCCUCCAAAACCCUCACAUGACCUCGCCAAUCGUGACCGUGAAGUUGUUCAAAUUACGCAAAAACUUAAAUGGCUGAAGAAAACUAAUGAAAGCUCUGUAACUUACUUGUACAUAUCAGGCAACCCUGGAAGUGGAAAAUCCCAGUUGGCUGGUCUUGUGGCCAGGCGAUAUUUCGAUGAAGCCCAAGAAGUUCCCGACAUUCCUUCAUUUGUUAUGACAGUAAAUGCUGAAAGCUCACCCGCGCUUCUAGAGUCGUAUGUUACUUUUGCUCGACAACUUAAGUGCCCGGAAUACGCGAUUACAAACACUCUCUACUGCAGGGAUUUUAACACGGACGAGAAAAUCGCUAACCUAAAAACGUUAAUAGCUCCAAAACUGGUGCUCUUUUCCUCUUGGCUUCUAAUAAUCGACAACGUGACGAGCAUGUCUUCUAUGCAUGCUCAUUUUCCCGCAAAUGAGUGUUGGGUGCGAGGACAGGUAUUAAUCACAACGCAGGACACUGCAUCCAUCCCUUUCACAAGCUCUUUUAUUGAACAUGUCUCUAUAAGCGAGGGCUUGGAGCCUCGUGAUGCUUGUUCAUUAUUAGCCAACCUCUCUGGAUUCUCUGACGAUAGAAUGGAGAAUGAAGUUGCCCAAGCUCUGGACUAUCAGCCACUUGCCCUCGCAAGCGCUGCAACCUAUCUAAGGCAGGUGCGACGUAACAAAGCAACUGCAGAGAUUGGCUGGAACGAUUACCUCGAGAAACUGAGCAAAGGCCAACGGCGUACCACUGAGGCUAUUCUUGCUGAGACCAACCCAUGCUACCAAAAGUCCAUGACCACAGCAAUAUCGUUAGCCGUUGAAACGAUGGCGGCAUCUGACAGAAUUCUUAGUCAUGUUUUCACUUUCCUCUCCCUUUGCGCAAUGCAACCCGUGCAUCUAGACCUUGCGAUCGAUUACCUUCUGGCUGUAGAUAAAGAAACGGAGACACGUGAGGUGAUAAGUUUGAGAAUUCAAAGGUGCUCGUUACUGUUACUAGACGAGGAGGAGAGUGGUGUUUAUAUUCGCACACAUUAUGCUGUACAUGAGGUAAUUAAUGCCUUAAUGAACGAGCUUUCAGAGCAGAAGAGCCUUGAAGCCGUGAGUGGAGCAUUAAGGUCAUUUAACGAAUUUAUCAACGACAGUUCACGCAUAAAUUCUGAUGAACAUGAUUCUAUUUCUAGCAGAAAGCAAGUUGUUCCCCAUUUGAAAUCCUUCAUUUUGAAAAUUGAAGACUUUUUCUGCACAGAGAAACUACCCAAAAUCCUCAAAGAGGAAUUGUUUAACAUUCAGGGUCUUCCAGGCAUGUUUGGAAAUCUUGGGCAAGUGGCCCAAAACCAUUUGGACUUUUAUACAGCGAAGAAGUACUUUCAUGUAGCAUUGGAAAUCACCAAAUGUGAUAAGCGUUUUAGAGGUGUUGAUGCAGCAAUCGCCAAUUUUCACAUGGGUACCAUUCACCAAGACUUUGGCGAGUUUCAUCUGGCAAAAAAGUGCUUUGAAUGUGAAUUAUCUAUUCGACUGAAAGAGCAAGGACGCAAGCAUGUCGAUAUCGCAGCUACUUAUGGGAACUUGGGUAACAUCCACCUUGGCCUAGGAGAUCUGGAGAAAGCGAAAAGCUAUUAUGAACUUGCACUGGUUAUUAUUCACGAUAUGGGCGAGCAUGAGCAUGUUCAUGUAGCAACUACUUACAAUAAUCUAGGAGACGUUCAUAGUGAAUUGGGUCAUCCAAAGCAGGCAAGGAUAUUUUACAAUCAUGCCCUGAGAAUUCGUCUAAAACAAUUUGGUCCUGAUCAUAUUCUUGUCGCAGCUACUUAUGGCAGCCUAGGAAACGUAUCUCGACAAUUGGGAAAUCUUGAGCAAGCGAAAGAUUAUUAUGAUCGUGCACUGGCCAUUCGAACGAGGAAGCUCGGACCUGAACAUAUUGAUGUGGCAACUACAUACAAUAACUUGGGUAUUGUUUAUCUCAUGUCCAAUUCACUAGAGCAAGCUAAAGAUUAUUUUGAUCUUGCACUGGCCAUUAAUCUGGAUAAACUUGGAUCUGAGCAUGUCCACGUUGCAGCCACUUACAAUAACCUAGGUAACGUUCAUGCCGAACUUGGUGAUCCGGAAAAGGCGAAGGAAUAUUAUGAUCUAGCACUCAUCAUCGGUCAGAACCUAGUCGAUGACGAACAGUUGAAAGAUGAAGGUCCGAAACGGCCAUUGCGUGAUCGAGGGACCACUUGUAAAAUACUUUAAAUGCUUAAUUUUGACCUACGGGAUGGAUUUUGUGCUGCACUCUUGAGAACAUAAUGUACUUUAUUUUCAACAAAGAUGUUUAUUCAUGUAAAAAACUCGUGAACUGGCCGUAUUGGGCACGGAAGGAAAGCAGUGAAAAGUGAAGGAAAGCUAGUUUUCUAUGUAGGCCUUCCACAGCAACAUCAAUAUGCAUGCAUAGCCUUCGUAGGUUUUACAAUUUACUGUUAAAUUUGUGGUACCAUGUCAAAAUCGCGUCGUUUACGUUUGACGAUAAUGUGACAAUGUUUUGGACCUAAAAAAGAGAGCAUACCCAUAUAAUAAAAUAUGGUAACAAUAUACCAUCUUUCUUCUUCUAUUCAUUGACAUACCAAUACAUAAGCUGAAUUAUCCAGCGUAGAACCGGCCUGAGCCCCGUCCAAUAGAAAGUGAACAUUUUUGAGCAAAAAGGAAACAAGUUAGUACUAACUUAUAAAGUUACGCAUCAUGGUCAACAACAAAGGCAUCGUCAUCAUAAACUACGCAUGACUAAACUUUUCUUUCCUCAAGGCGGUAUAUGUCGGAUCUCUCCGUUUUUUUGGAUGUUCUAGGCGUAGUCGUACUUCUCUAACAGCUUGUUCUCCAUGUCUUCAGCAUCCUUCUUUCCUUCCGUGGUCUUAACACGAACCCAUAACUCAUAUCCUUCUGUCAAAGCCUCAUUCAUGAAAUCUUCUUUGUGCGAUCCAUUCGUGCAGUAUUCGUUAAUUCUUCGCCUCAGUGCUCCUUGUUUAUCCCUCCAAAAGUUUGCCAUUUGACUCAUCGGAUUUUGAGGAUUACGAACUAUUUGUGGCGCACUCUGAAUUUCAGUGUGAAACUCCACAACUGCUCCAACCGUUAUGACGGGGUUUUUACCUUGAGUCACACGUAAUCUUGGCUCCCAAUUACAGGCCAUUAUUUCUAUCAAGAGACAUCCAUUUGUUCUGAGGCUAUAAAAACUAGCCAAUCGAGAUUAUUCGUAAAAAAGGUAAAAAAAACGUUCUCUGGUUAAAAAGGUUUUAAAAUAUGAGCUUUCGGCUAUUAUACUAUAGCCUUUAACGAAUAUAAAAAAUAAGCGCGUGAAUGGAAUAUUAUACAGGGGAGGGUGUGAAAAAAUUAAAAACUAAAAAAAACAAUAGAAGUGUGAAAAGCUAAAAAAUGGACAAUAAAACAAAUUCAAAUUACAAUAAGAUAGAAUAUUGUCUUGGUAACGGUUUAGAGUUAUUGUCUGCGCCGACAGGGAUGGUUUGUGGGGUUGGAGAAAAUUUGCUCCAACCCCACAAACCAUCCCUGUUAAAGAUAUUGUCUCCGAGGUUGAAGCCGCCAUCGUCCGCCUUCCUGAUGACACGAAGGACGCCGUACGAACCACCACCGCUUCGUUGCUCCACAGGGCCCGACUCCCACCACACAGGAACACCACCGAAACCGAAUUAAGAGCCCUAAAGAACUUAAAAAAUGACCACGAACGUGUUAUUACGAAAGCUGAUAAAGGGAACUGUUUUGUUGUUAUGGACAGAACUGACUAUGACUCCAAAAUGGAAACUCUACUCAGCGACCCAGACACUUACCAACCAGUCCACAAGUCACCAUUCGCCAAAAUUGAAAGGGAACUGAACAGUAGACUCCUCGAUCUCAAACGACAAAACAAGAUAGACGAAACAGUCUACCAAACACUCCGCUCUACAGACGGUUCUCCGCCUGCCAUCCGGGGUUCCAUUAAACACCACAAAUCAGGAUUCCCUCUUCGACCGAUUGUAUCGAGCAUUGGGUCUGCCCUUUACAACACAUCCAAGUUUCUCUCUGAUAUCCUAUCGCCGAUUCAGAACCUCGAUGGCUAUUCUAUUCUUAACUCUUCACAGUUUGCCAAAGAAGUAGCCAUUAUGGAAAUUUCUGAUGAUGAAGUUAUGGUGUCAUUCGACGUUGUGUCGCUUUUCACAGCUAUCCCUGUCAGCAAAGCGUGUGAUUAUAUUCGCAACAAGUUGAACAAUGACAGUACUUUACAAUCUAGAACAAGCCUUACUACCUAUGACAUCAUUUCUCUAUUGGACUUCACUCUCUCCAACAACUAUUUUGUCUACAAUAACUGUAUAUACAAGCAAGUCCACGGAUGUGCCAUGGGCAGCCCUGUAAGCCCUAUCGUGGCUAAUCUUUGCAUGGAGGUGGUUGAAGAAUUAGCCAUCAAUACCUCUACAGUUGCACCAAGGGUUUGGAAACGAUAUGUUGACGACAGCUUUCUUAUCAUCAAGAAAGAUGCUGUCUCCUCCUUCCAUGACGCCUUAAACUCCAUUGAUCCCAAAAUCGCUUUUACUAUCGAAGAAGAAAACAAUGAUCAAAUCUCUUUCCUGGACACGCUUGUUUCCAGGAAAAAUGGUGUUACUAGCAUUGAUGUUUACAGGAAGCCGACACACACAGAUUGAUAUCUGGAUUUUUCUUCACAUCAUGAAUCAAAACAUAAGGUCUGUGCGGCCUCGACCCUUCUAUUCCGUGCAGCCAACCUUCCGAGCACCAUUGAAGGUAAAAGACGCGAGACUAGCCACGUUACCGAAGCCUUAAAAGCUAAUGGCUACCCAUUAAUAGUUAUUUCCAACAUUUUAAAAAAGAAGUCAGCUCCGACAACUCCUCCACCAGAAGAGUUGUGUCCAUGUUCUUCAAAUGGGCCGAUCCAUCAGACACAUCUCUGGGUUUCGCUUGUCUUCCCUACAUCAGCGGCCUGAAUGAGCCUCUUACCAGAUUACUUCGUAAAAAUGACAUUCGUGUGGUUAGCAAACCAGCUAAAACCCUGCAACAAGAAUUCCCGUCACCUAAGUUCAGGCAGCCCUUAGAUCUACAAUGCCAUGUUGUCUACAAAAUUCCGUGCUCUGACUGCUGUUGGAGUUAUGUAGGAGAAACUGGCAGAUGCUUUAAAACCCAAAGAAAGGAACAUCAACGAAAUCUUAAAAACUAUACGAGUGGCUCGAACAUUGCCAACCAUGCGUGGAAAAACAAUCACGCGAUUGACUUUGAGGGCGCUACCGUGAUAGACAAAGGCAAUUACCGCGUUCGAAAAACACUAGAAUCUUGGCAUACCGCAAAAACUGUCGGCGCAGACAAUAACUCUAAACCGUUACCAAGACAAUAUUCUAUCUUAUUGUAAUUUGAAUUUGAUUUAUUGUCCAUUUUUUAGCUUUUCACACUUCUAUUGUAUUUUUUAGUUUUUAAUUUUUUCACACCCUCCCCUGUAUAUAUUUCCAUUCACGCGCUUAUUUUUUUACAUUCGUUAAAGGCUAUAGUAUAAUAGCCGAAAGCUCAUAUUUUAAAACCUUUUUAACCAGAGAACGUUUUUUUACUUUUUUUACUAUGUCAUAUCCUGGUUACAGUUCAAUUUUUAAUCGAGAUUAUUCGCGUAUACACUUCCGCUUUUCUAAGAAACAGGAGAAAGAUAGAACAAUAAUUUGGGGUCAACCUUAAAAAGUUUAAAUUGAAACCUUAGACGCGACUGUUAACAGUGAUAGUGGUCGGUUAUUGGCCGCUUCUUCAUGAUUUAUGGCUUUAAGGAUAGGUAUCACCUCGGCUUCUUUCCACUUCUUUGGGAAUGUACCGGUAAGAAUGGAGCAAUCUAUGAUCUCAGUCAGAGGGCCUAAGAUGACGGGUAGGCAGUCCUUGAUUAAGCAUGCGCUCAAUUUAUCAGGACCAGGCGCUUUGUUAAGUGGCAGAGACAUUGCAACUUGGCGUACUUCUUCACAUGUCACGGUCCUGAGAUUAAAAAGCUCAUCAAUGGGAGGGAGGUCGACGCUUAUCUCAUCGAGGAUCGCCAAGUUGUUCUUCUUACCAAGGCACAAGGAGGCCUCUACGGCAUUUCUACCGACAGCUGCAAAAAACUGGUUGAAUUAAUUUGCUACGUAUUUCAGAUCUUUUGAAUAAGUUUGCCUUUCCUUGAUUUUGAAAUGGAGAGCGCGAUUAAUUAUCUUCCAGUGAGAAUUGGGAUUUUUCUGAUGCAGUGUCACUUCUUCGAAAGUGUGGUUUCUCUCAGCUUCAAGAAGGGUUUUCUUGACCAAGUUGCGCGAUUCUUUAAAAUUAGCCCAGUCAACGGCGUCCCGUGUUUGAUGAAAUCGUUUGAGGAGGCCAUCUCUAGAUUUCAUGAGAUCCUUGAUUUCCUGGUUGACAAAACGACAAGAUCUGCUACGAAUCUUAAUGGAUUUCAUGGGAGUAUGGAUGUCUAGAACGGACGGUAGAGUAUCAUUACAUGUAUUGAGCUUGGUGUCCACUUCGCUAGCACCAAAAAUUGGUAGAAGGUUAUCGGCCUUGUCGGUUAGGUCUACCAUAAAGAUGUUAGGGCUAUAGUUUUAAUGGCUGCGGACAUUUACAAAUUGGGGGGAAGAAGUUUUGGCGGCUUUACUUUGAGUUUCACAAAGACAAUUGAGUGGUCGCUAAUGGGCCAAUGUAAAACCCCAAAACCCCGAACAAGCGUGUUGGCCUAAACUAGGAUUACGUCAAGCAACGAUUCAGCGUUUUCUGUGAUCCUAGUUGGCUUUAAAUGAGCUGUAUCGAGUUCAUUUCGGUGUAAAAUUUCUCCAAUGCUUUAAAUUCAGAGUAGGUUUUCUUGAGAUAGUUACAGUUCAAAUCGCCUAAAAUUAAGAUAGGCUUGUUGAGCAGUAAGGUUUGGAUGUAGCUGGGUUUAAGACCUCAUCAAAGGAAUUGAGGGGAGAGUCGUCUGAGCGAUACGUGAUGCAGAUCACCAUCGAUUUAAAUUUAUUGUACUGGGCACAACCAUAACUGAUGGAAAUUUCUCUCGGACAUAUAGGGGAGCUCUUUCAGUAAAGUGGCUUUAAGUUCUUUCCGAAUGUAGGCGCAGACUCCUCCACGUCACAACUCCAGGGUUGUGACGGUAGUUUUUAGCUAAGUUUCAGAGAUUCUGAUGAUAUCGGUUUCCUUUCUGAAGAAAGAAGCCAUAGCGCUGAAAAAUGAGCGCUAUUUUUGAGCGAUCUUAUAUUUAGGUAGACGAUUUCAAGCCCGGUGUAACUAGCAUUUGACGCUCCAUUUGUCUGACUCAAUUCGCUUCACUGAACACAGAUUAUGCAGAUUCAGGCGGUGUGCGCACUCCGACUACGUUGCAUUGCGGUAGCUUCAUUUUCAAUAUGGCGGUGAAAGCAGCAAAAAUCGGCAGAUUUUGACCGACCAUUCCGUAAAAGUUAGGCCGUUAUUUUUUCCUUUCACCAUAGGUAAAUGUAAUUUGAUUUAUUCUGAAUGUGUAUCAAUAUUUUUUGUCCGUAUUUGUCGCGUAUUCUACGGUUCCCCAAGGACAAACGCAAUCACUAUUGUUCCAGUAAGUAAUUUGACUCGGAGACCGGUUUUCGAGAAGGUCAAAUUUGAUGUACGUCGUAGUUUGGAGCCUUUCAAAGAUUUGGAUGGCCGCUUUGAUCCUUCUUCAACAGCUCUGACCAAACGCUCUCAAACGCUCUCAAACGGUACGUGUAUUUCUCGCUUUUUAAGUGAUAGUGUUUGAGACCGAUUAUGGCCAAGAACAGGCCAGUUGCUUUACAAAGCGUUACCAUCGUAUACUCCACUGUGUUGUAAAUCUACUUUCCUAGGUAAAAGGAAAUUUACUAAUGGCGAGUGUUGUAUGGUAAAUCUACUAUCUUGAUCAUUGAAUGAAGGAAUGAUGAAUUAGAGCAACGAAAGGAGUCACUUGGCCAAUAAAUAACAAUCUACAAUGUACACGGCGACACGCUGGAUAACCGGAAAUCAGAAGGUAGUGGAUGGUUAAAAGAUGUUGAUUGCCUUGUGCGACUCCUGCCACUCGCUUGCGCUUUUAAAUCUUCUGACUUGAAAGCUUAGCUGUUAUUAGGAUAUCUUUUAAUGACUUUUGUUUGCGAUGUGAUAAUAAAGGUUAGUUUUAAGGUGUCAUUUCUCCAUCUGUAUGUUCUUGGUCUUCUUGAGGUUUGGCACAGCCGGAUGAGAUUGUGUUAGCAAAGGUAAUAUUUUCAUUUGUGCGCGCUAUUUUUUUCGUUUUCAGGUAUACUGUCUCUUCCGCAUAAAAUAACUUCAAAGAUACGUUUCUCAAAACCUCAUUCUCGGUAUUCUUGAUUCUUUAAGCAUAUUUGAAACUCUGUACAUUUUUAUUAAACUUUGAGCGUGACGAAUUUGGUCUUGGGAGGUGUAAGGCUUCUCCUUUCGUGAAUCCCGUAUUUACGCCUUUAAGUGUAUGACAUGAAAAGUAGUUCGUGUAUUAGAGGGUCGCUGUCUCUUUGUGUUAUAAUGCGUUUGUACGUCAAGGGUCGAUUCCCCGUUAAAUAACUCGCGAAUUUGAUAUUAUUCACACAGCCAUCGGCUUUGGGUGUAACUGCUGCUAAAUGAAUAGAUUCUUGGGCAAGGCCGCAGUUUCGAUUCUUUCUGAAUCUCUUCAGUUGCUUCCUAAUAACAAAUUUGUCACGGAGGAAAAACACUUUUUAACUUUCGAAGGAACGGCAACAGAGAGUGAAUCCCCAUUACAUUCCACGUUUAUUACUCGACCGCGACAGGAUGUAAAUGACUCGCUUUUUAGUUUUACGACCAUAAUGCAACGCAAUCAGAGUGCGCACAUUGCCUGAUGCAGAUUCACUCCUGUAGCACACGUCUUUGGAAACGCAAUAUUUCGGUUUCCUGACUGGGUGGCAAUUACGAACAGCGUGAACAGAUCGAAUUCUUCGGGUUCUCAAUAUAUCCAUAUUUAUCUUGCGAAAGAUGUCGUCUAAGAUAGCACGUCUUAACCUCGAGUGUAUCAAUUCAGAUCUUAAAUAUUUAAUUGGAUUGCAGAUUCUGCGAGCCAUUACUCGUGUGGCUUCCAGCAGAGUUUCCUGUCCUUUCCGGACCCGGAUUCUUUGAAUAUCCAUGUGUAUCGUGAGAUCUGUGCAAAGUAGACAGCUUGGUAGAGCCAGAACGGUCAUUCCAUGCUUACUGUGCUUUGUUACCGCUUCAGAAAAUCUGAAGACUAAACUCACCUGGACACGCUUUAGGGCCGUCCUGGAGUCGCGUGCGGAAUUUGGCGGGAAAUUCGGUGUUGAUUGAAGUGCAUUGAAGAUGUUAUGUUCCCCAUUACUGCUUUUCAGAAUGUAAAGAUCCUUAGUAUUUCGUCCGUUGCUAUUGCUGGUCUGAAGGACUGGCAAUAGAUGGUGGAUAAUGACUAAACUACAAAGCGAUAUUAAAAAGCGUGCUGCCAUAUUGGCGCAAACAUCACAAAUAAAGCUUGCUUCUUUCUCAGUCUGCGUCAAACGGAACUGAUAUGAGACGAUAACACGAUCUCUUCCUCAGCAUCCCCUUAAAUACUUAGCAGAAAUCGUCUCUUUUUAGAUCAGACGGUGUAUUCUCUAAAUUAUUUCAUUGUCAUCAUGCAAUUAUGAGCAGACGAGACAUCGAACGAAGUUUAUAAUCGCUUCAAAGUUUACCGGCUAGAUAUUGCUGAAAUGACUUCCGGUUUUCUAAGAAAUAUACAAUUUUUUUUUACUAUAAUCGUUUUUGAUAUCUCAGAAAGAAAAUAAUAGUUCUUCUUUCACGUAUUCUUCAUCGAUGCAGUAACAAAACGUAAAUCAGCAACACCAUGAUAUCAAGUGGCCGGAGCAUUAGUAGACUGAAUACAUAUGAUACUACUAGUAAAUGAAUAUAAAUACAUUUACUCAUAUAAUAACUACUGAAUCAUCGAACAGUUUUAAUAAAAAUCCCCUCGCAAGUGUUGCAAUCUAUCUAAGGCAGGUGCAACAGAACAAAGAAACUGCAAAGUUUGGCUGGAACGAUUAUGUCGAGGAACUGAACAAAGGCCAACGGCGUACCACUGAGGCUAUUUUUGCUGAAACCAACCCAUGCUACCAAAAGUCCACGACCACAGCAAUAUCGUUAGCCGUUGAAACGAUGGCGGCAUCCGACAAAAUUCCUAGUAAUGUUUUUACUUUCCUCUCCCUAUGCGCAAUGCAACCCGUGUAUCUGGACCUUCAAAAGACAAAGAAAUGGAGACACGUGAGGUGAUAAGUUUGAGAAUUAAAAGGUGCUCGUUACUGUUGUUAGACGAGGAGGAGAUUGGUGUUUAUGUUCGCACACAUUAUGCUGCACAUGAAGUCAUUAAUAUCUUAGUGAACGAGCUUCCAGAGCAGAACAGUGAAUUAUCUAUUCGACUGAAAGAACAAGGACGCAAGCAUGUAGAUAUCGCAGCCACUUAUGGGAACUUGGAUAACAUUCACCUUGGCCUAAGAGAUGUAGAGAAAGCGAAAAGCUAUUUUGAUCGUGCACUGGUUGUUAUACACGAUAUGAGUGAGCAUGCACAUGUUCAUGUUGCAACUGCUUACAAUAAUUUAGGAGACGUUCAUCGUGAAUUGGGUCAUCCAAAGCAGGCAAGGAUAUUUUACAAUCAUCCCCUGAGAAUUCGUCUAAAACAACUCGGUCCUGAUCAUAUUCAUAUCGCAGCUACUUAUGGCAGCCUAAGAAACGUAUCUCGACAAUUGGGAAAUCUAGAGCAAGCGAAAGUGUAUUAUGAUCGUGCACUGGCCAUUUGAACGAGGAAGCUGAGCAUAUUGAUGUUGCAACUACAUGCAGUAACUUGGGUAUUGUUCAUCUCUCUCCCUGGAGCAAGUUAAAGAUUAUUUUGAUCUUGCACUGGCCAUUAAUCUGGAUAAACUUGGACCUGGGUAUGUCCACGUUGCGGCUACUUACAAUAACCUAGGUAACGUUCAUGCCGAACUUGGUGAUACGGAAAAGGCGAAGGAAUAUUAUGAUCUGGCACUCAUCAUCGGUCAGAACUUGGUCGAUGAAUAA